AUGCCAGCCUUUGACGUCGGAUCGGAUCGAAUUGGAUGUCAUAACUCAAAUCCUUCAGUCGCAAGCACAUAUCAAUCUUCAAACAAUACGGCAUUGGUAAAUCAGAGCAAGGGAGCUGCGGUACUGCCCAUCCAUCUUCCUCCAUCGCCAGCAGACAGCGAUAUGUCAAUCCACGACCGACCAUCGUCAAGCCGUUCAGCCCGUACUCAGGAAGAGACUCGUCUCACAAGGAAGCUUGACCGCGGUGCUCCCGGAGAUCAAGCCAUAUUUUCCGACAACAAAACUCCUGAACAGAGACAAGUUGCGCGAAAGAGAAGUCAGUACUACCAAGAGACCUUCGCUGCGCGAGAGCCAAACUCCUCGGCCCGCGAGCGUGUCUCGAGAGACUCAAUGGUGAUCGCAGAAAUCAAAACCAAUGUCAUUAUUCAGGACGAAUACAGCUUCAUAACAGACCUUUCCUAUAGUCUGUCUACUCGUUAUCAGCGGCCCGAGUCUUCCAUCUUGGUGACUGUCGCUCACUCGGCAUGUUUAGUAUUUGGGGGCUCAUUCGAUCCAGCAUACACCAUGAGCAUCACGGCUCUAAAAUCACAAUUGCAGCCGGUCACCAAUAAAAGGAAUUCUACCCUGUUAUCCAAGGCCAUGGAAGAAGGACUAGGGGUACCACCGAACCGAGGCAUCAUCAAAUUUAUUGCUAUCGCCGAGGAGGAUUUUGCUACGGACGGGAAGACAGUAGCUAGAGAAAUAGAGGAACUCGAGAGGAAAUCACUGGAAGAUGGCUCAGCGAUACAGAGAGGUUUGUCGAAGGCUUCCGGGAAAGGUAGGAAGAAGAGCAUGAAGUCGUUGAGGAAAUUCAGGUCAAAUUCACAAUUGGCUACGCACGAAGAAGCAAUGACCCCUCCACUCAGCGGACGUGAAAAUUCGCCAACGCUUCCUCCAUUACCUCCUACACCUUCAACCAAAAGCGUCCAUGAUCGUCAAGCUGAAAAGGUCCAAAAAAUGGGUAGACGGAAAAGCUUUAUGGCCACGUUGCUUGGAAAAUAA